UGACGUUAGCUCACGCUGUAUAGGCAGAAAAUCUGGAAACGUACGAGGAUGAGACGGCCCACAUUUUAUGUGUUCAUACCAACGUCUCGAUAUGUAGAAUAAUGUCAUAUUAUUUUAAUACGGAAAUCUGAGCCAUUUGUGGACAGCAAUUAAAGCACACAGCACUACAAAAGAUUUCUAACGUAUUGUGAACAGAGAAAAGCCCUAUAGAAAAGCACAUUAGAGACGCCUAGCUUGUUCAACGACAAUCUUCUUCAGCAAUUGCAACGAUUGACUAGAAUUGCAAAUUUCAGAAAAAUUACUGUAUGCCAAAUAGGAAAUGGCUGGGAUAAACAUUGCUAGAGGAGAUUAUUAUUUGUCAAAAGAGAAAAUUAGGGAGGCAAUUGAAUGCUAUGAAAAAUCAUUAGAAAUUCCAGUGCAAAUAGGAAAGAAAAGAAACAAAACACGUGCAUAUCUUGGGUUAGGGUAUGCCCAUAGAUUAAACAAGCAGUUUCAAAGAGCAAUUGAGUACUAUGAAAAAUCGUUGAAAAUUGCACAGGAACGAGAAGACAGAGAGGAUGAAACAAGUUCAUAUCUUGGGUUAGGACAUGCUUAUAGAAUGAACAAUCAGAUUCAAACGGCAAUUGAAUACUAUGAAAAAUCAUUGAGAAUUGCACAGGAACAAAAAAACAGAGAGAAUGAAACAAUUUCAUAUCUUGGGUUAGGACGGGCUUAUAGACUUAACAAUCAGAUUCAAACGGCAAUUGAGUACUAUGAAAAAUCAUUGAGAAUUGCACAGGAACGAGAAGAUAAAGAGAAUGAAACACGUGCAUAUCUUGAGUUAGGACAUGCUUAUAGAUUGAACAAUCAGAUUCAAACGGCAAUUGAGUACUACGAGAAAUCAUUGAAAAUUGCACAGGAACGAGGAGACAGAAAGGAUGAAACAGUUGCAUAUCUUGGGUUAGGAGAUGCUUAUAGAAUGAAGAAUCAGAUUCAAACGGCAAUUGUGUACUACGUAAAAGCAUUGAAAAUUGCACAGGAACGAGAAGAUAGGGAGAGUGAAACAUUUGCAUAUCUUGGGUUAGGACAUGCUUAUAGGUUGAACAAUCAGAUUCAAAUGGCAAUUGAGUACUAUGAGAAAUCACUGAGAAUCGCGCAGGGACGAGAAGAUAGAGAGAAUGAGACAGUUGCAUAUCUCGGCUUAGAACAUGCUUAUACAUCUAAUAAGGAGAUUCAAGCGGCAAUUGAGUACUUCGAAAAAUCAUUAAAAAUUGCACAGGAAAGAGAAGAUAGAGAGAAUGAAACACUUGCAUAUCUUGGGUUAGGUCAUGCUUAUAGAUUGAACAAUCAGAUUCAAACGGCAAUUGAAUACUACGAAAAAUCGUUGAAAAUUGCAGAGGAAAGAGAAGAUAGAGAGAAUGAAACACUUGCAUAUCUUGGGUUAGGACAUGCUUAUAGAUGGAACAAUCAGAUUCAAACGGCAAUUGAAUACUAUGAAAAAUCGUUGAAAACUGCACAGGAACGAGAAGAUAGAGAGAAUAAAACACUGGCAUAUCUUGGGUUAGGUCAUGCUUAUAGAUUGAACAAUCAGAUUCAAACGGCAAUUGAGUACUACGAAAAAUCAUUAAAAAUUACACAGGAAAGAGCAGAUAGAGACUAUGAAACACGUGUAUAUCUUGGGUUAGGACAUGCGUAUAGAUUGAACAAUCAGAUUCAAACGGCAAUUGAACACUAUGAAAAAUCAUUGAGAAUUGCACAAGAAAGAAAAAACAGACAGAGUGAAACACUUGCCUAUCUUGGGUUAGGAAUGGCGUAUAGAUUGAACAACAAUCAGACUCAAAUGGCAAUUGAGUACUAUGAAAAAUCAUUGAAAAUUGCGCUGGAAAGAAAAGACAGACAGAGCGAAACACUCGCAUAUCUUGGGUUAGGACAUGCUUAUAGAUUUAACCAUCAGAUUCAAACGGCAAUUGAGUACUGUGAAAAAUCAUUGAGAAUUGCACAGGAACGAGAAGAUAGAGAGAAUGAAACAAGUGCAUAUCUUGGAUUAGGACAUGCUUAUAGAUCCAACAAUCAGAUUCAAACGACAAUUGAGUACUAUGAAAAUGCAUUGAGAAUUGCGCAGGAACGAGAAGAUAGAGAGAAUGAAACAAAUGCAUAUCUUGGGUUAGGACAUGCUUAUAAAUCUAAUAAUCAGAUUCAAACGGCAAUGGAGAACUACGAAAAUUCAUUGAGAAUUGCACAGGAACGAGAAGAUAGAGAGAAUGAAACAAAUGCAUAUCUUGGGUUAAGAGAUGUUUUUAGCUUGAACAAUCAGAUUCAAACGGCAAUUGAGUACUACGAUAAAUCAUUGAAAAUUGCACAGGAACGAGGAGAUAGAGAGAAUGAAACAGUUGCAUAUAUUGGGUUAGGACAUACUUAUAUAUCUAACAAUCAGUUUCAAACGGCCAUUGAGUACUACGGAAAAUUUUUGAGAAGUGUACAGGAACGAGAAGAUAAAGAGAAUGAAACAGGAGCAUAUCUUGGGUUAGGAGAUGGUUUUAGAUUCAACAAUGAGUUUCACACGGCAAUUGAGCACUACGAAAAAGCAUUAAGAAUCGCACAGGAACUAGACGAUAGAAAGUAUCAAACACUUGCAUAUCUUGGGUUAGGAGAUGCUUAUAGUUUGAAGAAUCAGAUUCAAACGGCAAUUGAGUACUUUGAAAAAUCACUGAGAAUCGCACAGGAAAGAGAAGAUAGACAAAAUAAAACAAGUGCAUAUAUUAAGUUAGGAGAUGCUUAUAUAUCUAACAAUCAGUUUCAAACGGCAAUUGAGUACUAUGGAAAAUCAUUGAAAAUUGCACAGGAAAGAGAAGAUAAAGGGAAUGAAACACUGGCAUAUCUUGGGUUAGGAUAUGCUUACAGAUUUAAUAAUCAAAUUCAAACGGCAAUUGAGUACUACGAAAAAUCAUUGAAAAUUGCACAGGAACGAAAAGAUAGAGAGAAUGAAACAGUAGCAUAUCGUGGGUUUGGAGAUGCUUAUAGUUUGAAAAAUCAGAUUCAAACGGCAAUUGAGUACUACGAGAAAUCAUUGAAAAUUGCACAGGAACGAGAAGAUAGAGAGGAUGAAACAAGAGCAUAUCGUGGUUUUGAAGAUGCUUAUAGUUUGAAAAAUCAGAUUCAAACGGCAAUUGAGUACUACGAGAAAUCAUUGAAAAUUGCACAGGAACGAGAAGAUAGAGAGGAUGAAACAGGAGCAUAUCGUGGGUUUGGAGAUGCUUAUAGUUUGAAAAAUCAGAUUCAAACGGCAAUUGAGUACUACGAGAAAUCAUUGAAAAUUGCACAGGAACGAGAAGAUAGAGAUGAUGAAACACUUGCAUACCUUGGGUUAGGACAUGCUUAUAGAUUGAACAAUCAGAUUCAAGCGGCAAUUGAGUGCUACGAGAAAUCAUUGAAAAUUGCACAGGAAAGAGGAGAUAGAGACAAUGAAACAUAUGCAUAUCUUCGGUUAGGAGAUGUUUAUAGAUUGAGCAAUCAGUUUUUAACUGCAAUUGAGUACUAUAAAAAAUCACUGGAAAAUUCAAAGCAGCGUGAAGAUAGAGAUUAUGCUAUACGUGCCUAUUUUGGUUUAGGGGAUAUUUAUGUUGUAAACAAUCAAAUUGAAGGUGCGAUUGAAUGCUAUGAGAAAAUUGCAGCUGAAAAAGGACACACGUAUCAUGAUAAGUUGGCGGAAAACGUAGCUCAAGAAUUGUCAUUUGCAGAUUCGUUUACAGAGGAAUGGAAUUCGAAAAAAGUUGUAACAUCUCAGGAGACUGAGCUUUUGUCAGAUAACUCUGACAAUGAGGAAUACGAGCAAGCUUUAUGUCUGAAAAGGUUAGGAAAAUGUUAUGUUAAUCUUGGAAGAUUGGAAGAGGGCCUGGAGUGUUUUCAGAAAGCUCUAAAAGUUGUUUCUGGUCGUGUGAGGAAGUUUUAGAGGGAAUUAUAAAUGAAUGGUGUGGAUAUUGCUGCCGUUUCAUAGAAGGCUGUGAAAAAGAGGCAAAAAUGUUUUACGAGCGG